AUGGCAACUCCUACUCGAUCACGACCCCCUGCUUUGGUUUCUCCGGGUUGACAUCAAAAUAUCGUCAUUUGGCAUUUUUCAUGAACUUUUUCAUCCUAUUAAAUUACAAAAAACUUUGAUUUUUCCUAAAAUUACGAUAUGACGAUAUAUUUUUAUAUCAACCCAGUUUUGGGUUUCUCCAAGAGGUGCUUCUCUUGGAGUAAGUCAUUCGCAGCAGUUUGCUAGAAGCAGCAGUCCUUUUACACAAGAAUCUCAGCUGAAGCGUCAACUUUCAGACUCUCGCAAAGAUUUGAAAAUCCUAAUAAGCGAAGUAACCAAAAUAAAAGAAACUGAAGCGCAAGAACUUGGCGAGAUUUGAAAAUUAGUCAAUUUAAUUAAAGGAGACAUUGGAGGAUUCAAGAAAUGAAAUAAUGCAACUGAACGACCUCAAGAUACCCAAAAUCGGUCAGAAUUUGGUUUACUUGCAAAUCAAAUAAAUAGUUUGAAAGCACAAAUAAAAGAAAUUAAAGAGCAAACUGAAACUAAAGGAAGGGUCUGGAGAAGUCAUGCGAAUAGUGAAGAGCAUUUGUAUUUGGCAGAGAAUGAGAGAAAGUCUGCGAUUGCAAAGGGUAAAAAAUAA